AUGCUUCUGGCGCGGAUGAACCCGCAGGUGCAGCCGGAGAACGGCGGGGCGGGCCCGGGGUCGGAGCAGCCCCCGCGGAAGCGCAAAGAAGUCUUGGUGGUGAAAGAGCGCAACGGCGUCCAGUGCCUCCUGGCGUCCCGCGACGGCGAUGAUCAAACCCGAGAGACCUGGGGCAAGAAGAUCGACUUCCUGCUGUCAGUGGUCGGCUUCGCCGUAGACCUGGCCAACGUGUGGCGCUUCCCCUAUCUCUGCUACAAGAACGGAGGCGGUGCCUUCCUGAUCCCGUACACCCUGUUCCUCAUCAUCGCUGGGAUGCCCCUCUUCUACAUGGAGCUGGCUCUGGGCCAGUACAACCGGGAAGGGGCAGCCACCGUGUGGAAGAUCUGCCCAUUCUUCAAAGGAGUUGGCUACGCUGUGAUCCUCAUCGCCCUCUACGUUGGCUUCUACUACAAUGUCAUCAUCGCCUGGUCCCUCUACUACCUCUUCUCUUCCUUCACCCCGAACCUGCCCUGGACCGACUGCGGCCACGCCUGGAACAGCCCCAACUGCACAGACCCCAAGCUCCUCAACAGCUCCGUGCUGGGCAACCACACCAAGUACUCCAAGUACAAGUUCACACCUGCCGCCGAGUUUUAUGAGCGUGGCGUCCUACAUCUGCAUGAGAGCAGUGGGAUUCAUGACAUUGGCCUGCCCCAGUGGCAGCUUUUGCUCUGUCUGAUCAUCGUGGUCAUCGUCCUGUUUUUUAGCCUCUGGAAAGGAGUGAAGACAUCAGGAAAGGUCGUGUGGAUCACCGCCACGCUGCCUUACCUCGUGCUGUUCGUGCUCCUGGUCCAUGGCAUCACGCUGCCCGGCGCCUCCAAUGGCAUCAACGCCUACCUGCACAUCGACUUCUACCGCCUAAAAGAGGCCACGGUGUGGAUUGAUGCUGCGACUCAGAUAUUCUUUUCCUUGGGGGCUGGAUUUGGAGUCUUGAUUGCAUUUGCUAGUUACAACAAAUUUGACAAUAACUGCUACAGGGAUGCCCUGCUGACCAGCACCAUCAACUGUGUCACCAGCUUCAUCUCUGGGUUCGCCAUCUUCUCCAUCCUUGGUUACAUGGCCCAUGAGCACAAGGUCAACAUUGAGGAUGUUGCCACUGAAGGAGCUGGCCUAGUCUUCAUCCUGUACCCAGAAGCCAUUUCUACCCUCUCGGGAUCCACAUUCUGGGCCAUUGUGUUCUUCAUCAUGCUCCUGGCUCUGGGAAUUGACAGCUCGAUGGGAGGCAUGGAGGCAGUCAUCACGGGCCUGGCCGAUGACUUCCAGGUUCUGAAGCGACACCGGAAACUCUUCACGUUUGCCGUCUCCUUUGGAACCUUCCUUCUGGCUCUGUUUUGCAUAACCAAGGGUGGAAUAUAUGUGCUGACCCUGCUGGAUACGUUUGCGGCGGGGACCUCCAUUCUCUUUGCUGUGCUCAUGGAAGCCAUCGGCGUCUCCUGGUUUUAUGGUGUGGACAGGUUCAGCAGCGACAUCCAGCAGAUGAUGGGGUUCAAGCCCGGCCUGUACUGGAGACUCUGCUGGAAGUUUGUCAGCCCUGCCUUCCUCCUGUUUGUGGUGGUUGUGAGUAUCAUCAAUUUCAAGCCACUCACUUACGAUGACUACAUCUUCCCACUCUGGGCCAACUGGGUUGGAUGGGGCAUCGCGGGCUCCUCCAUGGUUCUGGUGCCUGCCUACGUCGUCUACAAGUUCUUCAGCACCCGGGGCUCCAUUCGAGAGAGACUGGCCUAUGGCAUAACUCCAGAGAGCGAGCAUCACCUGGUGGCCCAGAGGGACAUCAGGCAGUUCCAAUUGCAACACUGGCUGGCCAUCUGA